CCCUGAAGGCAAACCAACACGACGGGAAGAGCUGCAGAGCAGAUUCCCGGCUGUCACAGCAGAGUCGAUGAAAGCUUUUGGUGGAAUGGACCAGACUAACAGCAGCAGCAGCAGCAAUGGCGGUUAUGGACCUCCUCCCCCUCCGUACAACACUCAGGACUAUGGACAGAGUUCUUACACAGGGAUGAGCUAUCAGGUCGGGAAGGGGAACGUUGCAGUGGUCUCCCCUCCUGGCGCCUACGAUGACAUGGCCCGUCCUGAGCACAUGGCAGCAGCUGGAGGCGACCGGCAGUUUGGUGAAGCUCCACCUGACUACUGUCACGGCUUAGAGGACAGCGGCUUCAGUGACGCAGCCAUACCAAGAGGUUUCAUAAGGAAAGUUUACUUGACCUUGAUGAUUCAGCUGCUGGUGACUGUCGGAAUCAUCUGCGCUUUUCUUUACUGGACCGCUCUCAGGGAAUGGACAUGGGCCAACUCCUGGUUCUCCUACACAGCAAUGGCAUUGGUGAUGGUGCUCAUCGUGGCCUUGUCCUGCUGUGACAACCUCCGUCGUCAAGUCCCCCUCAAUUUUAUAGCCCUGAGCCUGUUUACUAUUGCAGAGGGCCUGAUGCUGGGAGCUGUUUCAGUCUACUUUGAUGCAGAAGCAGUUCUGUGGGCUGUGGGGGCAACGGCGCUGGUGUCCUUCGCCUUGACUCUGUUCGCUAUGCAGUCAAAGUGGGACUUCACCGGAGCAAACGGGAGCCUGUGGGUGUUCACCUGGACCCUCUUUUCCUUCGCGUUGCUCUGUGGAAUCCUCCGAUCGCAGUAUCUUUACAUCUUAUACGCCUGCCUGGGAACCUUGCUGUUUUCCUUAUACUUGGUGUUUGAUACACAGCGUAUCCUGGGUGGGAAACACAGGAAGUACCAAGUCUCUCCUGAGGAGUACGUGUUUGCUGCUCUCAACCUCUAUUUGGACAUUGUCUCCCUGUUCCUCCUGCUGCUGCAGCUCAUCGGCCUCUGCCGCUAACACCGAGCCUCUGUGUGACAGGCCUCCCUGAAGAAACGCGGAAUGUCUUCCUGCACAAUGAUAUCCCAUCAUAGAUCAUACAUCAUGUAUCUUGGUUUAUAUGGAAUGAUUAUACGAUUCAGCUCGUACUAUAAUAUACAAUAUGAGUCAAAGUAGCUCAGCCGUCCUGUAAUCUGGGCCACACUUGGAAAUGUUUUAACGGACUUGCUGUCGAGAAGAUCACAUUGUGUGAUUCUUCUGGAGCUUAAAGAUGCUUUUGGAAACCAAACUAACUCCAUUAAAGGACGGAAUGUGUCAGUGUCAGCACUCCCAUAAAAACCCA